UUAUGAGCAACUAUUGUCAUCCUCAAUACAAAAUUUGUUGUCCAUUUUCUCCCUUAAAUGUGUUUGGCGCCAAAUAUUCAAACGCAUCGACCGGAAGGGGAAGAAGGAACCUGAUUGGCGGGAAAGUUAAGAUGUCGGGCUGCGUGCGCCAAACGUCAUCGAAUCGAUCGCACAUUUCCAAAAUGGUGGAGGUUGUGGACGACGUUAUCAUGGAUUGCCAGGAAAACGAUGAAAUUCUACUUAAAAGUGCCGACGAAAUGGCAGAACUGAAAAAAGAGAACGGAAACCAACUAUUCAAAGUCAAACAGUACAGAUCGGCUCUUCCAUUUUACACUGAGGCCAUCAACCUCUGCCCGGACACUCCAGCUUAUUAUGGCAACAGGGCCGCCUGCUAUAUGAUGCUCAAUAAGUAUCGGGAGGCUUUAGACGAUGCCCGCAAAAGUGUACAGCUAGAUCCGAAGUUUCUGAAAGGAUAUACGAGGAUCGCCAAAUGUGCGAUCAACUUGGGUGAUUUGGUGACCGCAGAGUCCGCAGUAAAAACGGCCGAACAGCUGCAAACCGGAUCGGCCACAAACGAGCUAAAAUCGAUACAAAAGAUAAAACAAUUCGAAGAGGACGGCGCCAAGGCGUUUGAGGGCAAAGAUUUUCGGAAAGUGGUUUAUUGUAUGGACAGGUGCUUGGACGAGGCGCCCACUUGCGAAAAAUACAAACUGAUGAAGGCCGAAUGUUUGGCGUAUUUGGGCAGAUACCAGGAAUCUCAGGAGAUCGCCAACGACAUUUUACACGUAAAUAAGGGAAGUGCCGAUGCAAUUUAUGUCAGGGGGUUGUGCUUGUACUAUGAAGAUAACAUCGACAAAGCGUUCAGUCAUUUUCAACAGGUGCUCAGAUUGGCUCCGGACCACUCUAAAGCGAUGGAACAAUACAAGCGAGCCAAACAGUUAAAAAAGAAAAAAGAGGAGGGAAACGAGGCCUUUAAAUUCUGCAAAUUUGCUGACGCGGUUAAACUGUACACCGAAGCCCUAGAAAUCGACCCCUUGAACAAAAAGACCAACGCCAAACUAUACUUUAACAGAGCCACAGCCUUGUCGAGAUUAGUGAAGAUCAAGGAAGCGAUCGCCGACUGCAGCGCCGCCCUAAACUUGGACGAAUUCUACUUGAAAGCGCUACUGAGACGUGCCAAAUGCUACUCGGACAUCGGGGAGCACGAGGAGGCCGUGAAGGAUUACGAGAAAGUUUUCAAAUUGGACAAGAGCCGGGAGAAUAAACGUUUGUUGCAGGAGGCCAAGUUGGCGCUGAAAAGGAGCAAGAGGAAGGACUAUUAUAAGAUAUUGGGCAUCGAGAGGAACGCCAACGAGGACGAGAUUAAGAAGGCGUACAGGAAACGGGCGCUGAUCCAUCAUCCGGAUCGGCACGCGAACGCGACCGAUUUAGAGAAGAAGGAACAAGAGAAGAAGUUUAAGGAGCUCGGAGAGGCUUAUGGGAUUCUAUCGGAUCCGAAGAAGAAGGCGCGUUACGAUAACGGCCAGGAUAUGGACGAUUUUGACGGAGGAAUGUCCGAUAUCGAUCCAACCCAGGUCUUCCAGUCGUUCUUUAGCGCCGGGGGCGGAGGCGGCGGCGGCGCCCACGGGCAAGAAUUCAACUUUGGCGGAUUCCCCGGUGGAUUUUCCUUCCAGUUCGGUUAAAUUCGCAAAAAAAAAACACGCACGUUUCUCGUUCUGUACAUUCCUCUUCAUACUUUUUCGCGUUAAAAACGUUUAAACAUUUAUACGCCUUUCAUGAGUGCGCACCUUUUCAGUUUCUUUUUUGUAUAUAGCUUCCUCUAGUUUUUUUUUUUUAAUUUCAGAUUAAUCCAUGUAUCUGUAAUGACUAUUAAAGUAUUUAUGGUUUAGCUGUA